AUGGAAGGACCUUUACGUAUUAAUAAUCCCAAAAACAACAAAUCAAAUAAUACAAGUUUAGAUAAUAAUAUUAUCAAUAAUAGUAGUAAUAAUAGUACGACAACUGAUAAUAUAAAUCUAAACAAUAGUAUCAACAACAAUAAUAGUAAUAGUGAAAACAAUAGCAAUAUUGUUAAUAAUAAUAAUAAAAAUGAUAACUCAUCAACAAAAGAAAAUAAAAUUAAUGGCAACACAGAGGAGGAUGAAGAUGAUAUACACAGCAAAAGAAGUCAAAACACCACCGGGGGUGGAGUUUAUACCAUGGAUACUUCGUUGACAGGAGAUUCACACUACAAAAAAAGAAAGAAUAUUGAAGACGAAAAUGAGGUUGCCCCAUAUCAUCCUCAUAAAAGAGCCUCAUUUAGUAUAAAUAUCUCUCCAACUCAAUUACAAAACGAUUCAAAUUUAAAUAUUUUUAACUCAAACAAUGCCAUUAACAAUAAUAAUAACAACAAUUAUAAUAAUAUUUUACAAACAACCACAACAUCAUCAUCAUCAACAGAUAGCAAUAUUCAUUCACCAACACAACAAUUACAACAGCAAUUACAACAACAUGAAAAUCAACAACAACAACCAGAAGAAAUAGAAGAAAUAAAUAGAGAAAGACAAGAAAGAGAUAAAAUGUUACACGAAGAAGUCGAUCUUGAUAGCUAUAACAACUAUAAUAAUUAUAAAUAUGGAGACGGUGAGGAAGGUGAAAACUAUGAAACAUUAAUCCAUCACCACAAUCGUUCAGCUCAUUCCGAUGAAACCACCAACAACGAAUCAGGCUCACCAAAUAGAAAUAAAAUGUUGGCUGAUGAAGAUUUAAUUAAUCAAGACGAUAAUAAUAACACCGAUGGCGAUGAGCCAUAUCACCAAAAAGAAGAAGAAGAAGAAGAGGAUAAGAAUGCAAACCAAGACUCUGAUUACCAUGAACAUCAAAGUACCGAUGACGAUCAUAUGAAGUCUGAUGGUGAGAAAGAACCAGAAUCAGCAAGAAACUCUGGUGAGCAAUUAAAAAUGGGUCAUAAAGAUGAAUCAACUGUUUCAACUCCACAACAUGCCUAUAACAAUGAAGACGAUGAGGAUGACGAAGAAGAAUAUGACGUACCACUUAGAAUUCAACAGGUCUCUAACAAUAAACUUCCCAAACUUAGUCUUAGUAACUGUUGGUUAAAAGUUAUACCAACUGAUGUAUGGUCACUUUUAGAAAUUCGUGAUUUGGAUCUUUCAGCCAACCAACUAAAGAAAAUUUCCAAAUCAAUUGGCCAAUUGGUCCAUUUAAAGCGUCUUCGUUUGAACCACAAUCAGUUAACAGCACUUCCAAAAGAACUCUAUUCAUUACCAAGACUAACAACACUUUAUUUAAAUAAUAAUAAUUUCAAAGUGGUUCCAAAAGAAAUUAAUCGUUUAACAAGUUUAAAAACUUUAGAUCUUAGUUUUAAUCAAAUUACCGACAUUUCACCACAAUCCAAUAUCAAUUUAAUGACCAAUCUUGUUGAACUUCGUUUACGUUACAAUCAACUUUCAACUUUACCAUCAAAUAUGUUGGAAGCCACCCAUCUUCAAGUACUAUGGCUAGAAGGUAAUCGUUUGCCAUUAAAUAAAGCCAUUCUUAAGAAAUCACCAUCAGAAAUUCUUUCUUUCCUUCGCGAAUAUAAACCACCAAAUAAAAAAGCCAACGAAAAAUCAAUUAAAGGUAUCCAUAAUGUUUCUGCAGCAUUGCCACCAAUUGAUACAGCCUCGACUAUAGCAGUAGCUCAAGCAUUUGCACAAAAAGAAAUGGAUAUCAAAAAAAGAAAGAAAGAAAAUUUCGACGACAUUAAAAAACAACAUAUCGAAACAGAAUUAAAAUUAAAACAGUUAGAGGAGGAACUUCAAAUAGCGAACGCCAAAGCCACUAAAUUUGAGGAAGAGGCUUCAUUUUUACAACAACAUUUCAAUAAUCCAGCCGCUCCUCAAGGUGGAGGUAACACCCAACAUUUAAAUUUACCUCAAAUACUUUUAAACCAACCUCAUUUAGGUUGGGAUCAUCAACCAAAUGGUGGUUCACCAAACAUACCCACACCUCCAGCAAGUACCUCACCUGUAUUAACCGGUCAACAGGUUGUUAAUGGUAUUUCGCAAAUCUCAUUACUUUCACCCACAAACAACCCACCCUCACCAAUUUCUGUAUUUAAUCAACAGCCACCUUUACCAACCCAAACCUUACAACAACAAAACCAAAAUGGUUCAAACUCACCACCACCACAACAAAAACAACAACAACAACAUCAAUUAAAUAACUCUCAACAACAUCUACCAAUUGUACAAAUAAAUCAAAAUAAUAAUAAUAACAAUAAUUUAAAAGAUAAUUUCCCAAUACCGACUCCUCCAACUAAAGUUAUUGAACCCGAAAAACCAUUUGAGUGGGAAGUUCCACUUUCUGAAAUUGUUAUUGGCGCAAGAAUUGGCAGAGGAGGUUAUGGCCAAGUAUUUAGAGGCUCAUGGAGAGGUACCGAAGUUGCAGUUAAAAUGCUUUUCAACGAUAAUGUAAAUGCCAAAUUAAUUAGCGAUUUAAGAAAAGAAGUAGACUUACUAUGUAAAUUAAGACAUCCAAACAUUGUUUUAUUUAUGGGUGCAUGUACAGAACCAGUUUCACCAUGUAUUGUAACAGAAUACUUAUCGCGUGGUAGUUUAGCAAAUAUUUUACUAGACGAAAACAUCGAAAUGGAUUGGGGCUUACGUUUACAAUUGGGUUUUGAUUGCGCUCGUGGUAUGACCUAUUUACAUUCUAGAAAUCCAAUUAUCAUUCACAGAGAUUUAAAAACCGACAACUUAUUGGUCGAUGAUAGUUGGCAAGUUAAAGUAGCUGAUUUUGGUCUCGCAACUGUUAAAUCCCAUACAUUUGCCAAAACAAUGUGUGGUACAACUGGUUGGGUUGCUCCAGAGGUAUUAGCAGAAGAAGGUUACACAGAAAAGGCUGAUGUUUAUUCGUAUGCCAUUGUUUUAUGGGAACUUUUAACUAGAUUAAUACCCUAUGCCGGUAAGAACACAAUGCAAGUCGUUAGAUCUAUCGAUCGUGGUGAAAGAUUACCAAUGCCUUCAUGGUGUCCACCCAAAUAUGCAACACUUAUUAAUAGAUGCUGGGAGACCGAUCCACAAAAUAGACCAUCUUUCCCAGAGAUUUUACCAUUGAUGGAAGAGAUGAUUUCAGAAUUUCAAAGUGAGAAAAGAGAUGCCAUUUCUCAAGGUAGACCAAUUCCUUAUGUUGGCCCUCCAGAAAAGAACCCAGCAAUUCUUCAUCACCAACAAAAUAAACUUUUAGAACAGCAAUUGAUCUUACAGCAACAACAAGCUCAACAACAACAACAGCAACUACAACAAUUACAACAACAAUUAGAGCAACAACAAAAAAUUCAACAACAAUUACAACAACAAAUUGUAAAUCCAAAUAACCCAAAUAAUUUUUAUUUCCAACAGCAAUUACAACAACAACAACACUUUCAAAAUCAAUUACAACAGCACCAGCAACAUAUAUUACAGCAACAGCAAUUUCAACAACUUCAACAACAACAACAGCCAUAUUUAUAUCAACAACCAUCUCAAAUAGUAAACAAUAACAACUCAUUAUCUCCUGCCGCAACAAACACAAAUAAUAAUGAAGAUCAAAUGAAAAUAAGUGAUAAAAAUUUAAAAAAAAAAAUAGAUGGCACAACUCAAGAUAAUUCAAACAAUAAAAAUUUUUAUAAGUCAUCAAUACCAUGA